AUGAUGUUCGUUACCUACAUGAUAUCGCUGACUACUAACGGCACCGUCAUAUGUUUGGUCACCUUUAAUGAACAUCUGCAUCAGCCCAUGUACCUGUUCAUAGCCAACCUUGCCACCUCUGAUCUUUUAUUUGACACCGUGACAUUACCGAAACUCAUCGCCAGAUAUUUGUUUGGAGCUUCCACCAUUCCUUUGAGAAUGUGCUUCUUCCAGAUGUUCUUGGGUCAUUAUUUUGGAAGUAUGGAUGCAUUUCUGUUGAUGCUGAUGGCUGCAGAUCGAUAUGUGGCCAUCUGCCACCCACUGAGAUACACCUCCAUUGUCACCAAUAAAGUGGUCACCGUUUCCUGUGGCAUCUGUUGGAUGAUUUUGUCUCCUUCUGCAAUUUCAAUGAUUACCAUUCUAGCGUCACAGAUCCCCCUGUGUGGCCCCAACACGAUAAAUAGUUUGUUCUGUAGCUAUUCAGCGCACGCAGCUUUAGCAUGUGCUGAUAUUUCCCGCCCAAGAAAGGUGGUCUUUGUCACUGCCUUGGUCAUUCUUCUAGUGCCACUGGGGCUGAUAUUAGCCUCAUAUACCAAAAUAGUAGUGGCCAUCUCAAUGACUCACGCUGAGAACCUCCAGAAAGCAUUUUACACCUGUGUGACCCAUUUGCUGGUCAUCGCUUUGUAUUUUACUCCUCGAAUCUUUGUGUACAUUGUAACAAAUAUUCCCUUUGUUACAAUAAAACCUGAUGCAAGUGCUCUUUUGCUUUAUCUCUACUCAUUUGUACCUCACAUGGCCAAUCCAAUUGUGUAUUUCCUUCGAACCAAGGAAAUCAAACAAACUUUGAGACGGGCCCUUCAGAGAAAUACAUUUAGAGAGAAAAAUGGUGUCAGGACCUGGAUCACCUGCUGA